AUGGACGAGCUGAAUGAGCUCAUCUAUGACAGGGUUCACAACAAGAAGUGGUUCACUGCUCGUGGAUUGGACUUACUCUCACAAAGCACUGGUCAAAACGUUGAGUUGAUAGCGAAAUUGAUUUGUGGCUUUCUUUUCCUCCUUCUUAUCGGCAACAAUAACUGGAUAGUGUGUAACACAAUUCUUGUCGUCGUUCCCCUUCUUUUAACCUAUGUUUAUCCCGAUGAAAAGCCUCCAGUAAGCAACAUGCGGGUGUACUGGUAA